AGAACCCGGUACCAACCAUACAGACUCGGGCCAUAGUUUUCUUUGUAGAAUAUUUGUGCCAAAAUGUUAAUAAUACGAUAAUUACCAUGUUCAUUCAUGCACACUUAUUGUAAAUUAAUGUAGGAAUGAACUGAAAUUGUUCAAUAAAAACGGUUUUCAUAAAAAGGGCUUUUCUCCCGCCAUCGACGUGGUCAUCGGGGACUGGGAAAGUGCCAUCUGGACAAGUUGAGGGCGGCAGAGCCUGGAAGAGCGGGAAAUAAAACCCAAUUAAACUAGCUAGCUAACCUGCGACUGCUCUAAAGUUUCCUACCUUUGGCACAUGGAGACAAACUAACAAUAAUCUAUAGAUACAUGUUUCUCUGGUUAAAUACAAGUAUAACAAUAGAAAUGUAACCCAUGUAGCCCACCUAUGAAUAUGAGUGGUUUUAGGACGAGCUCAAUCUGGUAAACGCCAGAUAUUUUCCCUUCGUUCAUUACUGCAGAUAGACUGGUGUUGAUGCCUCGGAUACAGGCUCGGCUGUCCCUGGCUGUGUGCACCUCCCUCGCAAGGUGCUUUAACUUCAGCUGCCAUUGUCUCGCUGAAUGAUUUGUUUCCACUUGACUUGUUCACGACAUCUAGUUAAGCGCGGUGUCUACGAUGGAGAACGAAAUAACACUAAUCUCAAUCUGCACGCAGACCAGCACUCCCUCUCCUCCUCCUGCUCCAGUGUCUCAUGACCCCAGCAACGACACCUCUCCCUCUCACCAUGCCCCCCGCUUUGGCACCAUCAUCCCUAACCGCAUCUUUGUGGGAGGCAUUGAUUUCAAGACCAAUGAGAGCGACCUGAGACGCUUCUUCUCCCAGCAUGGAGCAGUGAAGGAGGUGAAGAUAGUGAUUGACCGUGCUGGGGUGUCAAAAGGAUAUGGCUUUGUUACCUUUGAGACCCAGGAGGAUACAGAGAGAAUCCUUCAUGAUGCUGACAGACUGUGCUUCCGGGACAAGAGGCUCAACAUCGGCCAGGCCGUCCGCAAGCAGCAAGUGGGAGGUCACCCAAACAGCUUCUCUGUGUCCAGCCAUACUCCUGCCAUGAUACCCACCCCCUGUGGAACCAUGUACCUCACCACCCCUACGGGGUACCCCUACACCUACCACAACGGAGUGGCUUACUUCCACACCCCAGAGAUGAGCCCCUCCACCCCCUACCACUGGCCCUCCCGCUCAGUGCCUGGCUCUCCAGUCAUGCUGACCCACCAGCCUCCACCCAUCUACCAGCAGCCAGCCUACCAUCACUACCAGGCCCCUACACAGUGUCACCCUAGUCACCUGCAAUGGAACGUUCCUCAGUCUCCAGUGCCCUCCAGCCCAGUGUUGUACAUGCAGCCCUCUGAGCUCCUGUACCAGCCCAUGGAGCAGCCCAGCGACGGGGGCUGUGUCCAGCCUGCCAUGCCCCUCAUAGAGGCCCCCAUCCCAGAGGUUGAUAACAUCCUGACCUGGGUCCUGUUCAUUACGCUCAAAACUGAGGAAAAAAACGACCUUGGUCCAAUAAGAAAGCAGUUCAUCGACCACAUGGUGCAACCAGCCUACAAUCACACGUUAUCAUACUACCCACAAAGUCCAGGGGGGAUGACACCUGUGAUGAUACAGCAAGAACCAGGAAAGGAACAGAAGUUCCACGCCAUGAGGCGAGGUUACCCCUCCUCGCCGGUCAGCCUGAAGCCCAGGUACGGCCGCAACCCGCACUACGCCCACCUGCGCAAGGAGUACCGCCCAGAAAUCACCACUGACCCCUCCCCUCCCUCCGCCACCGAACCACUCAAGUAGAGUAUAUCCACGUUUCCUUUCAGCCAAUGAAACGCCCAUCUCCUCAGGCAGAAAGACCCACUUCUCUGUCUCCAUCCACUUCUCAAUCUCUCCAUGACCCUGUCUCCUCCAACCCUUCACACGCAUCAUAUUAUUCAGUCCAGACAACUAUGUGCUCGCUGAAUGUUCAUUUUUUUUUAUCUGUUUAGUAUAAUUUAAUAGAAUAUUGAGAAUAUGAAUCAUUUUAGCUACUAAAAAGUACUGUAAGCACUAUGAUGUAAGUGCUCGUUCUAUCACUUCCGGACUGUGAAAAGGUGCAUAGUUUUCUCUGGUGUUUUUUCCACAACUCAGGGAGGGAUAACUAGCUCCUGGUACUGCAUUGUACUGUUGAACUGUUUCAUAACUAACCUAAUGCACGAUUGAGCUUAAAGUUAAGCUAAACAAUCUUUUGUAACAAGAAUGUUCCUCCUUUGGCAUUUGUGUCAAACUUCUGCCAUGUAAUCGUUCAGAGUAUAGAAGCAAAAGGGAGCUAUUUCCUGAUACUGCUUUAUAUUGGCCUAUUGGCCAAUCACACGUUUUCUUUUUCAAAUUAGCUCUUAACGCAAAGCAAAAAAAAGUCUAACGAAGAUUACUGCCAAUAUUAGUUCUAAAUAAAAGCUCUCUAUCUGCCAUUGGGCAUGUUUUAUCUCAAUGGUAUUAGAAUAGUCAAGAUUACUGUCUUUAUAAUGUGACUGCAAUACAUGUUGGAAAAUAUAUUUUAAAAUAAUUAGGCUGCUGUCACAGAAGAGUGCAAAUAGAUCCCUAGAGAGUUAAUCGUUACAUAAUUCUCCAACUGGAUGAAAAAAUACAUAACCAGGAGAUUAUUUUAUACAUUUAGCAUUUUUAUGUAUCUCAUGUUAUCAAGAGCUGUUUCAUAUAGAUUUUGCUGUGAUUGUGAGUCUAAAAAACAAUGUGCCCUCCAGAUGAAGGGUAACAUCAAAAUAACUCUGUCCACUGGACUGGGACCACAAAUAAAGUACAAUGAACAUCAGUCAAACAGAUUCACAUGGUCUUUCGUCGGCUUUGUGUGACGGCUGGGACAUUUCAAGAUAGGAAGGUCAACAAGACAAGCUCUUUCUUUUGUCACUCUUUCCUGCCUGUAAAUGAUUCACCUCAUCUUCAUCAACUCUAAUCACCCUUGGUUCAGUCAUGAGUCACCCAUGGUUCACUCAGGUCUACACUGUUUGGUUACUUUUUCUCCUGCAUCCUGUCUUGGUCUGCUCCCUCAUUGGUUAUGCAUGUAUUCUGUUUUUAAAAAAAAAAAAGUUUUUCAAAUUGUAUUCUAUAACUGAUAAACUAUGGGUGUCAGAGUUGAGGUUUAACUAAAGAAUUUAUGACAUCACAUAUUUCAUUGAGGCCUAUUUUUUUGAAUAAUUAUUUGAAUAGCUGGAUUGCAUGUACUAUGAGGUGUCUGGUUUGUUUUGUGUGAACUGCAAUUCACUUUCAUUUCAUGAUCUUCCCUGUAAAAAAAUAUAUGUAUAUCAGGGUAGAAACAUCUUGAAUUUUCCACAACGGUUCAUAAUUAAAGUUAUGCCGUUUUGCUCUGAAACAUACUGGUUCUUGUUGAGAAUUGAUCAUAGUGAAAGUCAAUGCCAGAAGAAAAGAAAUGACAGAAUAAUUUCUUAAAUAAGUGCUCCCAUGUUCUGUUAAUUUAUCAUUAAAAUAACCUUUUAGGUCAAUUUGAUUUGGUCAGUUACUAAUAAAACAGAAUUAAAGUUUGAUUUGAAAUGACAAUUUUAGGAAGAGUAUUUUGUUGUAUUCCAAGCAUGCCUGUAAUUCCUCAAUGUUCCAUUUGAAUAAACAGCUUUUACUCUUUACAUAUUGUCAUAGCACCACAUUGUCAAGUCAAUGUGUCUUGCUUUUAAAACAUAAAUGUUAAACUAUUUAUUACAAUGUUACACGUUUGAAGUUCAGUUUGGGGAUAUUCCACCUCUACCUCCUGUAAUCCCAUUACUCAAUCUGAGGAGCAGAUCAACUAUGCUUUGCUCCAAAGUACAGCCUUUUAAAAAAUGUCAAAUAUUGUUUUGGAGUUAAGAUAUGCUCCGUUCGUCUACCCUUUUUAUAAAUGAGGCUAAGUUGUCUUGACCUUAUAGUUAAGAUUUUGUUUUAACAUCAGUGCAUGUAUGUUUUGUAUAUAGUUCUGAACACUAGCUAACAUUUGGAUGUUUACUUUGAUGUUCUUCUGCACAUUACAUUGUGCCUUGUUCUUUCUGAAUAUUGGGGGAUGUUUAAGACUUGUUGUGUUCAGAAGUGGGUCGUCUUGUUGGUAAGAAUAAAGUUUGAACCCUUGAGAAGGA